UUGACACAGGAAGUGGAAACCAGAGGAAAGCCUGUUGUGCGCUCGUGUUAGCAGCGAUUUUGUUACGUAGGAGAAACGCAAUAUUUCAGAGAUUAAUGAGAACGACUUUUAUUUGAAAUAGAAACAUUAAACCGAUGCGCUCGGCGUCUCAUUGAAAAGUCAGAGUCAAGUCAGCUCUGUGAGCAUUUGUAACUGGAGGAGCGGUGGAAGCUGAGCGAAAAGCGGCACCAUGGCGGAUGUUACCGCUCGUAACCUGCAGUAUGAGUACAAAGCGAACUCAAACUUGGUGCUGCAAGCGGAUCGCUCUCUGAUCGACCGCACUCGGAGAGAUGAGCCCACCGGUGAGGUGCUGUCCUUGGUGGGGAAGCUGGAGGGGACAAAGAUGGGGGACAAAGCUCAGCGGACCAAACCCCAGAAGCUGGAGGAACGACGAGAUAAGAGAAGAAAAAGAGAUGAGGACAGACACGACAUCAACAAAAUGAAAGGCUUUACCCUCCUGUCUGAGGGCAUCGAUGAAAUGGUGGGCAUCGUGUACAAGCCCAAAACCAAAGAAACCAGAGAGACCUAUGAAGUGCUGCUGAGCUUCAUCCACGCAGCUUUAGGAGAUCAGCCUCGUGAUAUUCUGUGUGGAGCAGCUGAUGAAGUGUUGGCAGUGCUGAAGAACGACAAAAUGAGGGACAAAGAAAGGCGACGUGAAGUCGAGCAACUUCUUGGCCCGUCUGAUGACACGCGCUAUCAUGUGCUGGUCAACCUGGGAAAGAAGAUCACAGACUACGGAGGAGACAAGGACUUACAGAAUAUGGAUGACAACAUUGAUGAAACAUAUGGUGUCAACGUACAGUUUGAAUCUGACGAGGAAGAAGGAGAUGAGGACCAGUUUGGCGAAGUACGAGACGAACACUCAGAUGAAGACAGCGAAGGAGAAGAAGCGGUUGUCUCCACUAGGCUAACAGCGAAUCUCGGUGAGGCGGGUGACGUGAUGUCAGAGAAGAAGAAACAGUUACAUCCUCGGGACAUUGACGCCUUCUGGCUCCAACGUCAGCUCAGUCGGUUCUACGAUGACGCCAUCGUCUCUCAAAAGAAGGCUGACGAAGUCUUGGAAAUCCUCAAGACUGCGAGUGAUGACAGAGAGUGUGAGAACCAGCUGGUGCUGCUGCUGGGCUUCAACACCUUUGACUUCAUCAAAGUCCUUCGUCAGCACCGCCGCAUGAUUCAGUAUUGUACCAUGCUGGCCAGCGCUCAGAGCGAGGCAGAAAAGGAGCGGAUCAUUGGAAAGAUGGAGUCGGAUCAGGAGCUUUCAAAGAUUCUCUACCAGCUGCAGGAGACUGAGAAGGAGGACAUUAUCAGAGAAGAACGAUCUCGCAGAGAGAGAGUGAGGAAGUCUCGAGUGGAUGACUUGGAAGCGAUGGACGUUGACCACGGAGAGUCAGUGAUGCCUCGGCAGCUUCUGGACCUGGAAGACUUGGCCUUCAGUCAAGGCAGCCACUUCAUGGCCAACAAGCGAUGCCAGCUGCCAGACGGCUCCUUUCGUAAGCAGCGUAAAGGUUAUGAAGAAGUCCACGUGCCUGCUCUCAAGCCGAAACCCUUUGCUGACGAUGAGGUACUUGUUGCCAUUGAUAAGUUGCCCAAGUAUGCCCAGGCUGGAUUCGAAGGCUUCAAAACUCUGAACCGCAUUCAGAGCAAGCUGUUCAAGACCGCCAUGGAAACGGAUGAAAACUUGCUUGUGUGCGCGCCUACGGGAGCCGGUAAGACCAACGUCGCCUUGAUGGCGAUGCUGAGGGAAAUCGGGAAGCACAUAAACAUGGAUGGAACAAUCAAUGUGGAUGACUUUAAAAUCAUCUACAUUGCACCCAUGCGCUCACUCGUACAGGAGAUGGUGGGAAGUUUUGGCAAGCGUCUUGCAAGCUACGGCAUCAUUGUGUCUGAGCUGACCGGAGACCACCAGCUCUGUAAAGAGGAGAUCAACGCCACUCAGAUCAUCGUCUGCACCCCUGAGAAAUGGGACAUCAUCACUCGGAAAGGCGGCGAGCGCACCUACACCCAGCUAGUGCGCCUCAUCAUCAUUGAUGAAAUCCAUUUGCUGCACGACGACCGUGGCCCCGUGCUGGAGUCCCUGGUGGCUAGGACCAUCCGUAACGUGGAGCUGACCCAGGAGGACGUGCGGCUGAUCGGUCUCAGCGCCACGCUGCCCAACUAUGAAGACGUAGCCACCUGCCUGCGCGUUGAUCCUGCAAAGGGGCUGUUUUACUUUGACAACAGUUUUCGGCCUGUGCCCCUUGAGCAGACGUACGUUGGUAUCACAGAAAAGAAAGCCAUCAAACGUUUCCAAAUCAUGAAUGAGAUAGUUUAUGAAAAGAUCAUGGAGCAUGCUGGAAAGAACCAGGUCCUGGUUUUUGUUCACUCCAGGAAAGAGACAGGAAAGACCGCCAGAGCCAUUCGGGACAUGUGCUUGGAGAAGGACACUCUGGGUUUGUUCCUGAGAGAGGGUUCUGCUUCUACUGAAGUGUUGAGAACCGAGGCAGAACAAUGCAAAAACUUGGAGCUAAAGGAUUUGCUUCCUUAUGGCUUUGCUAUCCAUCACGCUGGGAUGACCAGAGUGGACCGUACGCUGGUGGAGGAUCUGUUUGCAGAUCGACACAUCCAGGUUCUGGUGUCCACAGCCACUCUGGCUUGGGGUGUGAACCUGCCAGCUCACACCGUCAUCAUCAAAGGAACCCAGGUUUACAGCCCAGAGAAAGGCAGAUGGACGGAGCUGGGAGCGCUGGACAUUUUACAGAUGCUGGGUCGAGCCGGUCGUCCGCAGUAUGACACCAAGGGAGAGGGAAUCCUAAUCACGUCUCACGGAGAGCUGCAGUAUUACCUGUCCCUGCUGAACCAGCAGCUGCCCAUAGAGAGCCAGAUGGUGGUGAAGCUCCCUGACAUGCUCAACGCAGAGAUAGUGCUGGGAAACGUUCAGAAUGUGAAGGAUGCUGUGAACUGGCUCGGCUAUACCUACUUGUACGUGCGCAUGCUCCGCAACCCGACGCUGUAUGGAGUAUCCCACGACGACCGAAAUUCAGACCCGCUGCUGGAGAGGCGCAGGAUGGACCUGAUUCACACAGCCGCCAACGUCCUGGACAAGAACAGCCUCAUUAAAUAUGACAAGAGGACGGGAACUUUCCAGGUAACAGACCUAGGUCGCAUUGCCAGCCACUUCUACAUCACCCACGACUCCAUUCAGACCUACAACCAGCUGCUGAAGCCCACGCUCAGUGAGAUCGAACUCUUCAGAGUCUUUUCACUGUCCUCAGAGUUCAGGAACAUCACAGUGAGAGAGGAGGAAAAACUUGAGCUUCAGAAGCUUCUGGAAAGAGUUCCCAUUCCUGUAAAGGAGAGCAUUGAGGAGCCUAGCGCUAAGAUUAAUGUUCUGCUUCAAGCUUUCAUCUCUCAGCUCAAACUGGAAGGCUUUGCCCUGAUGGCAGACAUGGUUUACGUCACACAGAGUGCUGGUCGUUUAAUGCGAGCCAUAUUUGAGAUUGUGCUCAACCGUGGCUGGGCCCAGCUCACAGACAAGACCAUGAAUCUCUGCAAGAUGAUUGACAAACGGAUGUGGCAGUCGAUGUCCCCACUGCGGCAGUUCAAGAAGCUUCCUGAAGAGGUCGUCAAGAAGAUCGAGAAGAAAAACUUCCCCUUCGAGCGUCUCUAUGAUCUCAACCACAAUGAGAUUGGUGAGCUGAUCCGCAUGCCGAAGAUGGGUAAGACCAUUCAUAAAUACGUGCACCAGUUCCCCAAGCUUGACCUGGCUGUCCACAUUCAGCCUAUCACUCGCUCCACGCUCAAAGUGGAGCUGACCAUCACGCCGGACUUCCAGUGGGAUGAUAAGAUUCACGGAUCGUCUGAAGCCUUCUGGAUCCUGGUGGAGGAUGUCGACAGUGAGGUCAUCCUCCACCAUGAGUACUUCCUGCUUAAGGCCAAGUACGCCCAGGACGAGCACCUUGUGACCUUUUUUGUUCCGGUGUUUGAGCCUUUACCUCCACAGUAUUUCAUUCGUGUCGUCUCGGACCGAUGGCUCUCUUGUGAGACGCAGCUGCCCGUGUCCUUCCGUCACCUUAUCCUACCUGAAAAGUACCCGCCACCCACAGAGCUGCUGGAUCUGCAGCCGCUGCCUGUCACCGCGCUCAGAAACUCUGCCUUCGAGGCUCUUUAUCAGAACAAGUUCCCUUUCUUUAACCCCAUCCAAACACAAGUCUUCAAUGCUGUGUACAACAGUGAUGAUAAUGUGUUUGUUGGAGCUCCAACUGGCAGCGGAAAGACCAUCUGUGCAGAGUUCGCCAUCCUGAGAAUGCUGCUGCACAACUCAGAGGGUCGCUGCGUCUACAUCACCCCAAUGGAAGCGCUGGCGGAGCAGGUGUUUGUUGACUGGCACCAGAAAUUCCAGGAUAUCCUGAACAAGAAGGUGGUUCUGCUGACGGGAGAAACCAGCACAGAUCUGAAGCUGCUGGGAAAAGGCGACAUCAUCGUCAGCACCCCGGACAAAUGGGACAUCCUGUCUCGUCGCUGGAAACAGCGAAAGAACGUCCAGAACGUCAGCCUCUUCAUCGUGGAUGAGACGCACCUCAUCGGAGGAGAAAACGGACCUGUGCUGGAGGUCAUCUGCUCGAGGAUGAGGUACAUCUCCUCUCAAAUCGAGCGCCCCAUCCGCAUCGUGGCUCUCAGCUCAUCGUUGUCCAACGCCAAGGACGUGGCUCACUGGCUGGGCUGCAGCACCACCGCUACGUUCAACUUCCACCCCAACGUCAGGCCUGUGCCUCUGGAGCUGCACAUCCAGGGCUUCAACGUGAGCCACACUCAGACCCGCCUGCUGUCCAUGGCCAAGCCGGUGUAUCACGCCAUCAUGAAGCAUUCUCCCUCCAAGCCGGUGGUGGUGUUCGUCCCAUCCCGUAGGCAGACCCGCCUCACCGCCAUCGACAUCCUCACGUUCUGCGCCGCUGAUGUCGUCCCUCAGAGGUUCCUGUACUGCUCUGAGAAAGAACUGGCUCCAUUCCUGGAGAAAAUAAACGACCCGACUCUGAAGGAAACUCUAGCCAACGGAGUGGGGUACCUGCACGAGGGCCUGACUGCCACUGAGCGUCGGAUAGUUGAGCAGCUUUUUAACUCUGGUGCUGUCCAGGUGGUGGUCUCCUCACGUUCGCUCUGCUGGGGCAUCAACGUCUCUGCCCAUCUCGUCAUUGUCAUGGACACCCAGUACUAUAAUGGAAAAAUCCAUGCGUAUGUGGACUAUCCCAUAUAUGAUGUCCUCCAGAUGGUCGGCAAGGCAAACAGGCCCAUGCUGGAUGACGAGGGACGCUGUGUUAUCAUGUGUCAGGGAUCCAAGAAGGACUUCUUCAAGAAGUUUCUGUACGAGCCACUGCCCGUAGAGUCCCACCUGGAUCACUGUCUCCACGAUCACUUCAACGCCGAGAUCGUCACCAAGACGGUCGAGAACAAGCAAGACGCCGUCGACUACCUGACCUGGACGUUCCUCUACAGACGGAUGACGCAGAACCCCAACUACUACAACCUGCAAGGCAUGUCCCAUCGCCACCUGUCCGAUCACCUGUCCGAGCUGGUGGAAAACACCCUACAUGACCUGGAGCAGUCCAAGUGCAUCAGCAUCGAGGACGAAAUGGACGUCGCUCCGCUCAACCUGGGAAUGAUCGCCGCUUACUACUACAUCAACUACACAACGAUCGAGUUGUUCAGUAUGUCCCUGAACGCCAAGACAAAGAUCCGUGGGUUGAUCGAGAUCAUCUCCAACGCAGCUGAAUACAAGAACAUUCCCAUCAGGCACCACGAAGACACGCUUCUCCGACAGCUGGUGCAGAAAGUUCCCCACAAGCUGAACAACCCGAAGUUCAACGAUCCUCACGUGAAGACCAACCUGCUGCUGCAGGCCCACCUCUCCAGGAUGCAGCUGAGCGCCGAGCUCCAGUCAGACACGGAGGAGAUACUGAGCAAGGCGAUCCGUCUGAUUCAGGCCUGCGUCGACGUGCUGUCCAGUAACGGCUGGCUGAGUCCUGCCCUGGCUGCCAUGGAGCUGGCGCAGAUGGUCACCCAGGCCAUGUGGUCCAAGGACUCUUACCUGAAGCAGCUGCCCCACUUCACCUCAGACCACAUCAAACGCUGCACUGACAAAGGUGUGGAGAGCAUCUUUGACAUCAUGGAAAUGGAGGACGAGGACAGAACGUCUUUGCUGCAGCUCUCCGACGGGCAGAUGACCGACGUGGCUCGCUUCUGUAACCGCUACCCCAACAUUGAGCUUUCUUAUGACGUAGCGGAGAGGGACAACAUCAAAAGCGGCAGUCCAGUUCUGGUCCAGGUGCAGCUCGAGAGAGAGGAAGAGGUGACGGGUCCAGUCAUCGCACCACUCUUCCCUCAGAAACGCGAGGAGGGCUGGUGGGUGGUCAUCGGAGACCCCAAGUCGAACAGCCUCAUCUCUAUCAAGAGGCUGACUCUUCAGCAGAAAGCAAAGGUCAAGCUGGACUUUGUUGCGCCUGCUGUGGGCAUCCUUAACUACACCCUGUACUUUAUGAGCGACGCUUACAUGGGCUGUGACCAGGAGUACAAAUUCAGCGUGGAUGUGAAAGAGGCCGACAGCGAGGGGGAAAGUGACUCAGACUAAGCAGUAAAUUUUUUUUAAAUUAGACAUAGGGAAUCAAGGGGUUUAUUUUUUUGUCCUUUAGAUGCUCAACCUGAUUUAUGUACCUUUGCUUUACCUGUCAACAUGUCUCAAUACUUAUUAAAGUCCAGUGUCAUUUUA